AGGCAACAUAGGUCAAAGCCUCGUUUUGAAAAGGGUUUUCCUUGAUCGAUACACGUCAACGAUGAGAAAGUUGCUAUCAAACCCCAACGGCACUACAAGUUAACAGAAGAUUUUGAAAUUGUUCCGAUUCACAUCAUGACUGCGGCUCCCCCAUCAUAUGGGCAGGCAAUGGCUGGGUUCGCCCCGCCGAUGCCAGGAUACGCCCCGCCGAUGCCAGGAUACGCCCCGCCGAUGCCAGGAUACACCCCACCGAUGUCAGGAUACGCCCCGCCGGUGUCAGGAUUUCCACAACCACAAAGUGAGAUGACUGCAGCUGCCAAUCAAGUGACGGUCGUGGCAAUCCAACCCCCGAGCCCACACCCCCCAGGCCCACAACCCCCUGACUACAUGAUGCUAUCCUACAUCUCCUGCCUCUUCUGUCCCCUGUUAGCUCUGGGUGCAAUCCAGGCCUCGCAACGUUCUCGCAAUUCUUACCAACAUGGUGACUACGGCAAAGCCUUCUUCAAUGGACGGACAGCUAGAUUCAAUGCUAUCUCUGCUAUAGUCAUUGGCGUAUUCGGCGCUGUUGUGUUAACAGUGAUGUUCAAAAUGGGAAUGUUGAAUAUUCAAUAAAGUGAAAGUUUCUUUAGUACACACA